AGUGUAGGUCAGUGCAGGUCAGUGUAGGUCAGUGUAGGUAAAUAGCAGUCAAGUUGUGUUUAAUUUUACAUUGUGAUACUCGAGUGACAAAACAAUUAAAUUUACAACUUUAUUAGAUAACUGUACAUAUAAUACAGUGGUGUAAAAAAAUAGAAAAUCAUAAAAUUUUUUUAACUUACUAUUACUUUGUAUAAGAUCAAAAUUUAGGUAACGGUGUAAAGGUUAUGUUACCACGCGAUUUUAUGAAAACAAGGGAACGCUUGAAGAAUCCCACGAAAUCUGAAAUACAUCAAUUGUUUAUUCAUUAUAAUGAGACCUGGGACGAUGUUUGAUAGGCGCGAAAUUGGAAAACGAAUACGUCGAUUAAUCGAUGGAAAUUAUUCGUAUCGUAAGAUUCUUAUAUUAAUUAUUAUUUGUGGUGGUAUACUUCUUUACUUCGGCCCACCUGUUGCGCAUUGGCUUUUUUCUUCUACUGGAGAACCAGUACAAGCAUUUGAAGAUUAUUGCAUCAAGGAAAGGCUAGCUCCAUUUCGUUUGGAUGCUGACGAAUACAAUGUAAACAUCCUUCAUAAUCCACCAAAGGAAAAGGAACAUCACUAUUUGCCAUACAUUGGUAAUGGCAUUUUUGGGAUUCCUAUUUUACCAGAAGCUUGGAUAUACAUAAAACAAGGACGAGCAUUAUCAUUGCCAGUACAGUGGCAACCAUUAAUUUCACACCCUCUACCCAAAAGUAAUUCCCAUCAGGAAGCUACAGUUACAGAUUUUACUAAUGGGAUUGUUUAUCACUAUCAGUGUCUCAGAGACAGAUAUUACACAGAGUUUACAUAUUAUGCUCAUAGAGUACUUGAUGCGAUUCUGGUGCAAGAUAUAAAAAUAGUUAAUCCCUUUUCAUUCUCGCAAAAUGUACCACUGAAACCUCAGAUGUCUACGCAUUGGAGCAAUUCCCACACAGAACUGAUCAAACUUACAGUAGAUGAUUUUAUACACGAAUACAACUUAAUUAGUGGGUUUGUCCCACUGUCCAACUCAAAUAAGGUGGUAACUGUUUCAAUACUUUACAAAGUUCCAUUGAGAGUAACACAAGUUAAAGCAAGAAGUACUGUAAAAUUAAAAUUCAUGACUAGUAUACAAUACAGUGAACCUAUUGCUAUGGAAGAUCACCAUAUUCAUUCUGAAAUAACAAAGAAAAAAGCUAUAGAGGCGAUGAAGAAAGCAAUCAGACUCUCGCAACGAAAUUUGAAGAAUGAUCAUAUUAACCUUUGGCAAAGUUACUGGUAUACGAGUCUUAGAAUAAGUGAUUCUAAAGCUGAUGGUGCUAUUAAUGGGCAUAAAAUAAAUUCUACGAUAUAUUAUGUGUUAUCCCAAAUUUCGAAAGGUGUUCCAGAUGUGGAGAAAAAUGUAGCCAUGAAUGAAGGUUGUUAUCGUGGACACUAUACUUUAGAUGCACCCCGUUUAUGGAAAGAUACAUCGUCAGUUGCUGGUGUGAAUAAUGUAGUCGAAGCAUGGUUAAUAACACUAGAAAAACAAGGAUGCCAUCAUUUAAUAACUGGCGACCCUUCAGCGGUUCAACAAGCUAUUGUCUUGAGCCUUGGCAGUUUGCGUUUCAGCAAUCAACAUCUUGAAUUUAACAUGGAUCCGCAAUAUCUUCAUCGAGAUUAUUUGUUUAGGAGAAUCAGUUACGGCAAUGUAACUCAUCUGAAUAUAUCAGUAACUGUUGGAGAAGAUAAUCGCGCAGUAUUAGGAGUAGCUUUAGACAAAAGUGACAGUGUCUAUUUCGGCUGUGAUGCAGGUUGCUUGGACGCACCUGUUUCCUUAAGUCAGUCUUAUACAAAUUUUCCAGUAAAAUUGACAAAGCCAUUAACAGCUAUAUUAUAUAUAACGUCUGAUCAUCAACAUAUGCAAGAUCUGCGAAAUGCGUUACAUGUUCACGCAGUACACGAUGCUCCAGCACACGAUCAUCUUGUUAUGGCUUUACACAAGCAUGGGCAUCAACUUGGUGGAUUACCUACGCUUUUUUGGAUUAGUAUCUGUUUUCUUAUAAUUGUGUUUCAUUUGUUUCUUUGUAAACUUAUUAUUAAUGAAUACUAUGGUCAUCAAGAUAAACAGAAAAUUAGAUAUAGUAAAUUGUAAUUAUAUUUUGUAAUAAUUAUACUGUCCAGAUGCUCAUAUAUAAUCACACUCGUGUAUAAUAAUUUAACUUUGUAUUAAUACGUGUUAUGAUAUAAGAAUUUAUGAAUAUUAUCUCUUAUAGUGAUAUCGAAUAUAACAUUGGAAAAGAUA